AUGUCCCUCUCCAGGCAUGCCGCUGUGGUGAUUUCGGGAACAGAACUGGCUCGUCAGCUCCACAGAGAAAUCCAGCGUGAUGUGGAGGAGCUGGUGGCUCAGGGCAACAUGAGACCCCACCUGGGAGUGGUCCUGGUGGGGGACGACCCGGCCAGCCGUACCUAUGUGAAGAACAAGACCCGGGCGGCCAGCAUCCUGGGUAUUUCCAGUGACACAGUGGUGCGACCAAGCUCGGUGUCCCAGGAGGAGCUGCUGGAGCUGAUUGACAAGAUGAAUCGUGACUGGAGGGUCAGUGGCCUCUUGGUGCAGCUGCCACUUCCAGAACACAUCAACGAGCGAGCAGUGUGUAACGCCAUCGCUCCAGAGAAGGAUGUGGAUGGCUUCCAUAUCGUGAACAUCGGGAAGCUGUGCCUGGACCAGAGAUCCAUGGUUCCUGCCACGCCUGCAGCAGUGUGGGAGAUUAUCAAAAGAGCAGGUAUAGAAACUGUGGGGAAGAAUGUCCUGGUUGCUGGCCGCUCCAAAAAUGUUGGAAUGCCCAUUGCCAUGUUGCUGCACACUGAUCGCAACCAUGAACGACCCGGGGGUGAUGCCACAGUGACCAUCGCCCACAGGUGUACGCCGAGGGAGCGGCUGAAAGAGCUCACCAGCCUGGCUGACAUCAUUAUUGCAGCUGCAGGUGUCCCCAAGCUGAUCACAGCAGAUAUGAUCAAAGAGGGCGCAGCAGUGAUCGACGUGGGCAUCAACCGGAUCCAGGACCCAAACACGGGGAAGCUGCGGCUCAUCGGUGACGUGGACUUUGAGGGAGUGAAGGAGAAGGCGGGUUUCAUCACACCCGUUCCCGGAGGUGUGGGUCCGAUGACGGUGGCCAUGCUGAUGAAGAACACUGUGACUGCUGCCAGAAACGCGCUGAUGCAUUAAACACAGGAGCCGUACAGAGCCGUCCGCUCAGAUGAAUGCUGUACAGUAAAAAAACACAUACGUUUGUUUAGCUACGAACACGGACCCUUUGCCAAACAUCUUUUCUUUAAGCAUCCACGAGCUCGAGCCUCCACACGUGCUGGAACCAACCUACUUGAUACGUGUUUAUAUCGUUUAUUUAUUUAAGUUAUUUAUUUCAGAUUUCACUUUUUAAGAAUUUAGAUUACUAUUUUUUCUACUGAAGUCGGUUCGGUUCAUUUUGAGCAUUCCAGGUUCGCUGGAAAGUUAACGAUAAUAACGAAAGGAAAUAAAAAAUAAAAACAAAAA